CAUCGUAGCACAACUGCAGCCGCUGCACUGAAAGAGUGUUCAAAGGUAGUUGGGGUGCGAUCAGUAAAAUUAAUCCAAGAUGUCAGUACACGAUGGAACUCUGCCGUUGAUAUGUUAGAGCGUUUCCUGGAGUUGCAACCAGCAGUGUAUGCUGCUCUCAUGAGCAAAGAAAUUCGUUCAAAGGAAAAGGAUGUUACAACUUUAACUGAUGCAGAUGUGACCCUCGCUGAAAAUGUAAUGUCUGUUCUCACCCCCCUCAGAACAGUGUCUACAGGUCUCUGCAAAGAAUCGUGUCCAACUGCGUCCCUGAUUUUGCCUCUUCAAAAGAAGCUGUUAGAACAAGCCCUGACUUUCAAUGACACAGACACGCCAGCAAUAAGACAGCUGAAGCAGACAAUUGCUGAUGACCUGAAGCCAAGAUAUUCCAGCGCCAGUGUGAAGAUGUUUCUAGAGGAGGUUGCUUUGCUUGAUCCUAGAUGCAAAACAUCAUACUUGUCAGACGCUCAUGGUCUCCUUGUAAGCAACAGGGUCAUUUCUAGUGCUGCAAGUCUAGUACCUAGCGUAGUGGAUGACCCUAGCCCGGACUCAUCACAACAGAAAGUCACUGGUAUUAAAAUUGAGAAAGCAUUUAACAGUUACAUGUAUUCAGUAAUCAGUAAUGUCACUUUUUUGUGAGUAGUGUGACUGACAUUGUUGCACUAACACAGUAACACUCACUUUAUUGUUUUUAGAUAUUAAUUAAUAAUACUUUUUUAAAUAAAAUAUAAAGUAUUUGUAAUUUAUUUAAAAUCAGUGAAAGUUAUUGAUAAAGCGUAUAGCUACUAGCUAGUAGUUAGAUACUAGUUACUUAGUAUUGGUCAGAAUACUUGUUCCACACAGGCUAAUCCCAAUA